UUCAGACAAAAUGAGGUUGCUAGACAUCACUUCUGCUUUCUCUCUCUUCUUCAUCUUUCAUUCUUUAUUUUCUGGGUGUGCACUAGCCCAUCAAGUUGCAUUUUACGUGCACAACAAAUGCCCAUUUCCCAUAUGGCCAGCAACAGCAGCCAACACAGGCCAUCCAGUAAUAGCUGAUGGUGGAUUCUACCUACCCUCUGGUGAAACUCAACGCAUACUAGCUCCCUGGGAUUGGAACGGCAGGAUUUGGGUUCGCACAGGCUGCAACUUCAGCUCCAAUAGGCAGCCUGCUUGUGAAACAGGGGACUGCGAUGGACGCCUGGCCUGUAAUGGACUCAUAGGCACACCUCCAGCAACUCUAGUUCAAAUCUCUCUCCAAUCAGACAAAAGCAAGCCAAAUUUCUACGAUGUCAGCUUAGUUGAUGGAUACAAUCUUCCUGUUUCUGUCACGACUAAACAAUCUUCACCCAAGUGCGCCAUUGGAGGUUGCUAUAGGAGCUUGAAUAAUUUGUGCCCUCAUGAGCUUCAAGUGUUGAACAAUGAUGGUGAAGUUGUGGCUUGUAAAAGUGCUUGCUUGGCUUUCAAUCUUGAUUCUUUUUGUUGCAGAAAUGAGUAUGGAAGCCCUGAGAAGUGCAAGCCAAACGUUUACUCAAAGAUUUUCAAGGAGGCUUGCCCAAGUUAUUAUAGUUAUGCUUUUGAUUCACCUCCUCCUUUGGUUAAUUGUGCAGCUAAAGAAUAUGUCAUCACCUUUUGCCCUUCUUCAUGGGGUGGUGAUCACAAUUCUACAUAGCUAAUUGAAGGUGAUGAUAUGCUUGACUAUAAUUAAUUUCAACUAGAAAUUAAGAAAUUAAUAUUGAGAGUUGUGUACUUCUCUUUUUUCCAAUAAAUAAAUAAUUAUAUUUAAACUCUA